UCCUGCUACUUACAGCACCGUGUAGCAGCCCAGCUCCUACAUUUUGCUGCCUACUCUGCCCUGAAUGCACCGGAGAGGGGAUGGUCCGUCAUUAAUUAUAAACUGAUUCUCAUCAGGAAACUGCACAUUAUCUCACCAUCACUUCAAAGGUCUCGUCAGGCAGAGGCGACGCCAGGAGAUGAUUUAAAGGUGAAAAUGACAAGGUUUCCAGCCUUCAAACCUUGGCUCCUCUUUUGACAAUACAGUCUGAAUGAACCCGAUGUCUCCUUUAUUGUGGAAAUAGCAUCAGAAGAGAAGAAACAUUUUUUAAAAAAUCUUGAUAAAGAAGACUAUUGGAAGCUCUCUUUAAAAAUAUCUCGAAUUGUGGCACAGAUGGGUUUUAGAAAGUGGUAGAGCUUUCCAAUGAACACUAACAGAGAGCUCUGCUCCUGGCUGGAUUUCUCAGAGCAUGGCGGUGGUCUCGGCGAUGUCCUGGGCCCUGUACCUGUGGAUAAGUGCCUGUGCCAUGCUGCUCUGCCACGGAGCCCUCCAGCACACCUUCCAGCAGCCCCACCUGCACAGACCAGAAGGAGGGACGUGUGAAGUGAUAGCCGCACACAGAUGCUGUAACAAGAACCGCAUUGAGGAGCGGUCGCAGACGGUGAAGUGCUCCUGUCUACCUGGGAAAGUGGCCGGAACGACCAGGAACCGGCCUUCCUGUGUGGACGCCUCCAUAGUGAUUGGGAAAUGGUGGUGUGAGAUGGAGCCUUGUCUUGAGGGAGAAGAAUGCAAGACGCUCCCUGACAAUUCCGGCUGGAUGUGCGCUACAGGCAAUAAGAUUAAGACCACAAGAAUUCACCCAAGAACCUAACAGAAGCAUUGAUUAUAGUAAUAAAGGAAACCAACUCUGCGGAAAAUACCUUUUAAGAAUUUAAAACAUCUAGCACAUUACAAGCCAAAUGGAUUUCUUACUUGCACUUUGACUGGUUACCAGAUAAUCACAGUGCUUUUACUGUGUGUCAUGAAGUAUCCUAUAAUGGGAAGACCUGGAGAUUUGGCCAACACCAUGCAAAGUGGGUUCCAGGGAAAAAAAAAGGGUUUUCUCAAUGAAAAUUAUGGGGAUUAUGAAGAAUAAGCAACUGUCUUCUACUAUGGAUCUAUAGUUACUUUGUACCAUUUGAAAUAUAUGUAUAUAUAAUAUUUUGAAAUAUUAUAUAUUCUCUUCAAGAAAUGAACAGUGCCACAGUUUGAGACGGCUGGUGUAUCACUUUGAGUUUUAGAUGCUUUGCUUUGUUGCUUUUUGUUGUCAUUUCUUUUUCUACUGGCAAGGAAGACGUGCCCUUUUGAGAGUUCAGCAGGGCACUCACACUGCAAGGCCAGCUCCCCGUGGACUCCUGGAAUCUGAGCGUCACAAUACUGAAUCAAGAGCUUCCUUCCGUUUGUAUCAGAUGCCCAAGGAAGUACGCGUCCUGCUUUAUUGCUUUCUGCCCUGUGCAAUAGUAGCAUGCAAGCUUGGCUUACAUAACCAUACUUUAUAUUCAACUGAUAUAUAAUAACAGUUUUAACCUCUUCCAGGAAAAUAUUUUCAGAAUACUAGCGUUUACACAGAUAAGAAAGAGAGGAUGCUGGCGGUUGCUGCUCCACCACAUUGUUAAGACUGGCGGAGUUGUGGUAGGAUAUGGAUCCCUGUAUUAAUAAGUCCUGUAAAUACAGUGUCCUGAGGCUUUGUACAGCUGUCCUAGACUGCAGGAAUGCCCUUGAUUAGUCCAAAGUCUGGCAUCAUUAAGUAGAGUGCUGUAGCAACAAGUCUCAUCAUGGCAUCUUUUUCUAUGUUUGAUUUGCUUUUUCUAAGAGUAUUCAGAUCUCUCUGGUUAGAUAGCAAGACUAUUAAAGCAAUUGGGUUUCAGAAUAAUCUAUGUGACCAAAUGUUGGACAGCCCUAUUAAAAUGGUAAAUAACUUCUUUCUAAACCUACUUGUCCUCUUUAUUUGCCAUUUAUUUUUCCUGAAUCCAGUUCAACCAAAUCCAGAGAACACUCCACUAGAGACUUGUAGUCAGUCAGAAUUUUUCCCAUGAAAUAUUUCCAGCCAUAAAAGCAUGCUUUCCAACCCUAACAUUGGAAAAACCAGAAACCCAUUAUUAUAACUGCAGUGUCCUCAGCCAGCAAGAUGAAAAGUCAAAUAUCAUUUGGGGGCUUUCAAAGUGAGCAAUUGAAUGGUACAUAUGGGGCUCGCCUCCCCAAAAAGCAAUUAUUGCUCAUCUCUUUGAGAGUUACUCAACUGAGGCUUAUACGAAGGAAAUACCUACUUAAGUUCUAGUUUACGAGGGUAGCACACUAGUACUAUACACUCCUAUUACUUACCAUAUACAUACACAAGUAUAUCUGGUUUUUUCUCCAAAGCCUUUUCUGCAACGCAUAUUGUGAGAGCCUCGUAUUAGAUCAGCAGCACAGUGGGUCCCGUCAUCUGGACGUUUUAACGUUGAACCUCAGGUUAAAUCCAGAAACUCCUUCAUCUCUGCCAUGUAGCUUGAGGUUUGAUUGAAUGUGAAAACACUCUAACUAGACGGGUUGAUUCUACACCUUGAAUGCUUGCAAAAUUGCCCAGAAAUGCAAAUGAAAUCUUCAUUGCAAAAUCUAAGCUUUCCAAAUGCUUUCACAAAUAUUUGUCAGGAGGUAGCAUAAAAUUGAUACCAGAAAAUAAGAAUUAUUUGAAUUUAAAUACCAAGUAAUAUAGUAGAAACUGACUUUUGUCUGGACACUUUAAAGUAUAAAUUGAAACUAAAAACUCAAAGAAUUGUCUAGAGCACCUACAGUCCAAAAUAUUACAUAAUCAAAUGUACUUUGGGAAAAUUGUACACAAUAUAAAAUAGACAUGUUUACUGAGGGAAUCUUCAGAGCCUGUAAUACACCAGAAGACAUUGUGUGUCCUCAGGGAAGCCGGCACCAGAGGAGCCAAGCACGAAUCUCCCAGAAGUGCGGAGGGGCCACUUGAUGAAUGGAGAGCUCAUUUCUGCCUAAUGAGAAGCUACAAGACAUUAUUUCUGUGUGAGGAUAGAUUAGCUGUAUUAUCAUAGCUUUAAUUUUUCAGGAGAACCAUCAAUGUGAAUUUUUACAUAAAAUCUCGUAAUCUUCUUAAAUAAGAUUAACUGCUCCACCAUGAAGAUUAUUUCUAUUAAAUAAAAACUCUGCAAGCAUUAUUAUUGCCCCAAAUUCCCUGACCAAGUGGCCUUUUCUAUGAUAUGAGUUUCCUGGAAUGCCCUUUUAGAAGUGUCGGUCCUGAAUGAGCAUCCAAGCAGAAGGAAAAGGAUAUUCUCUUCCCUGUGGCCUCACUCACACAGACCCCCCUCAAAACUCACAGUCGGUGGAGUUCGCAGCGUUUCCUGUUCCGUAACCAGAGCCUGUAAGUCAGUGAAAGAGCCAAUAGAGGUCCAGGGCUGUUAGUGCAUUUCCUGUUGGUCACUGAGUGCAGUGUCACCCUUGAAAGACCUUCAAGAAGGGAGAAGCAUAAAAAAGAGCGCAUCAGGAUCAGGCAACCAUCCAAUAAAACAGUUCAAAUAUUUAUAAAUGUCAUGAAAUUCAAUUCAGAUUUAUCCAAGUUUCUUACACAAAUGUGUGAACCAUCAACUUGUGUUUAAAUUUAACUUGCGCCAGUUUGGGGAAUUCAGUCGCUACCAUCUGCCUAUUGAAUCUGAACAUUUAUGGUUUAAAAACUAUGUAUUUCUGGUAAUAAAGAACUCAGUGUGG